CAUACUGAGACUGAGGUCUCUAUGAAUUCCUGAGCUGGGACACUGCAGAAAGGAGCAGCCAUGGCCUCAGGGAGGGAGUGGAGUUGCCCCAUCUGCUGCAAUGCCCUGGAUAACGUUGCCUACUCGAUGCCCUGUCGCCACCAAUUCUGUCUGGGCUGCAUAAUGCGCUGGCUGCGAGGGAACCGUGCCUGCCCACUCUGCAGAAGACCAAUCUCCACCAUCAGCUUCUCGGAGCAGGAGGGAAACUGCCUGCACUGUGUCACCAGACUCUCCAGAGAGCCACCUGAGGCCAGCAGCAGUCAGGCAGGGAAUGUAAACACCCAUGGUCCUGAGCAGGGGCCUGCAGAGCCAGAGGCUGUGGGUGGCAUCCUGCCUGAGCUCUGGGCAGAGCUUUUCCGGAGGCGAUGGACCCUCUUGGAUCCUGUGCGGUCCUGGCUGCAGCAGAGGCUGGAGAGGAUAUACAGGGACAAGUGGUGGCAGGUAAAGACUGCGGAAAGCAGUGUCCUGCUUGCCCUCUGCAUCUUCGGACCUAACAGGGAUGGGCUGGUGCAGAGGCUGCAGCCUCGCCUUCAGGAACACACAGCCCCGCUGAUCCACGGCAUCCUCAGCAUCAUUGAGACCCAGUGCAGCCAGGAGGUCUGGAGGCUGCGCCACUCCCAUGCUGCCAGGGAGGAGGAUGAGAGCCCUGGGGACAGCUCUGUCUUCCAGGGGUGUGCUCCUACCUCCAGUGGCCUCCCACAUUCCAGCAUCGAGGAGGUAGCCAGCAUGUCAGAGGAUGCUCUCCGGGGGAGUCCCAUCUGGCCCUCAUCUGCACCUGUUCCUGCUGAGUGCGAGCAGCCCUAGAAAGGACUGGAAGAUGUGACAGUGGCCCUAGGUCUGGUAUGGGCGGGGACCACUCACCCAUGACACCCCAGUGACCCUGAAAUUGGAGGGUCUCUGGGCACAGCCAACGGCACCAAGUCUUGGUAUUUGGCUGUAGCACAUCUUUAGUCAAGAAGAUGAAAAUAAAUAUCUAAAUGUUCCUU